GCUGAGCUUUCACCCAGAGCUCCUCUCCACAAUGGCGCUAUCAGCGUCCCCCUAUCACUUCUGCGCAGUGACCGGCAACACAGAGCUAGCAUGCUUCCUGUACUUUAGGGGGGUGGACAUCACCAGGAACAUCACCGUGGCGUCCUUUUCCGCAGCCGGAGCAAAUGGAUCCACACCCUGGAGGAAGGAGAUCUUGGUGUCAGCCGCAGAUGCAGCCUUGCUGGCAGGGAACUCGAGGACUGCCCAAGCACUGGGGCUGGCAGAGCAGGGCGUGCCUCUGUGCUGGAGUCAGGAACAGCACCACAAGUUUCCUGAAGAGUUCAGGGACAAGGCAAGGUCCACAGUGGGCGCCCUGCUGAAAUGUGGAUGGUUCAUCGCGCUGCCUGGCCCCGCUCGAAGGGUGGUAGUGAGCAAUGCGAUGCAGCACCUGACACGGACACUGGUAUGGGGUGCCGUGAACCCAAAGGUGUUCCAGCAUCGUUGGGAGGACGUCUUGGGGCCAGAGCUGCACGAAGCGGCAUCCAACGUGUUGCAGAAAGCGGCCUAUGUGCCAGUGUCAACGACCAUCCAGCCAUCUCCGCAGUACCAGUUCCGGGUUGCACAAGGUGGGACGCUCUGGGGGCAUGUGUGCUCUUUUGAUGGGAGCUGGGCCGUGUUCUCUUUAGUUUGUGUUUGUUCCACCCAUUCUCAGGUUGUUGAGGCUGUUAUUAGAUCUGGUGUUGUUAGAUGA